GCCACUCAGUUCACACCGGUAGUAGACUUUGUACAUUAUUGUUGACACACUGUUAUGAUUUUUCUUUCUGAAAUUGAUAUUUGAAUUCAAGUGGAUUAAACAUUCGUAAUGAUUAUGGACACAGUGGACGCUUUAACUCCCAUUGGCUUUGGGGCUGAUUACGGGAUGCCUAGCUUUAGCUUUGAUCUCCAUACUGAUGGAAAUAUUCUUAGGCAGACUACGGACGCACUGGACGAUCAAGGAUUAAAUACUCCUGUGACAAAAAAUUCGGAAGCCACAUUUUUCGGAUCCGAUUCUCUAGAGCCCCCGCCUAUUACAGCAACUGCAAGCAUUUUUGCAUCAAUAAAUUUUGCUGACAGAGGCGGUGAUGUCAGUCAAACAAGAAUGCAGACUAUGCAGUCUGCUGGUGCUAAUACUACCCACACGACGAUCACAUACAAGGGUACACUUGUCACAACUGCAGUUACGCCAAGCUCUACACAGGCAGACGCCCCACCUGCCAACUUUGCAAAUUUAUUUACCCCCUUGAAUCCCUUCUUUGCUUUGCUGUCACAAGCCAGGUCACAGACCCAGCCCUUCACAUCCAGCCCGAUGCGCCCUUCCCUACCAGAGUACGAAUUUAACAUUCAGAUACCUCCAACUUCAAGUGAACAUAGUCUGCAGCCAAAGCCAUCUCCCAUCUCUGUGCUCUCUCCACAAUCUCAAGGCCCUGUGGCUGAAUCAGCAUAUCAGGAUGUAUCGGACCAUUAUUCUUCAGAUUUUGUGUCUCCGCGAAGCUCAUGCCAUUCCACACCCGAGCCACAGCUUUCAAUGAUGAGUGAAGGCCAAACUCAUGAGGAGACCUACACCAACCCUCCUCCACCCUACUCUCAAUCUCUACCUAUAUCUCUACCAAUGGACAUUGACAUAUCUGAAAUCCAGAUGAAGCAACCCCCAACCUACAGCAGCUCCUGCACUCAGCUAGUUCAACAACAAACAGACAUACCACAGAACUUUUUAAGCUAUCCAUCUACCUCUCUGGCAGAUCAAGUUUUUCAAAUGUCUGAGUUAGACAGCAAAAAUCAGAAAUGGUCAAUGGGACCUUCUCAAACUCAGCUUCCAGACUUCAGUGCUUUGCAAACUGGAGCUUCCUCUCACUUUCAACUGCCAAAUAUUAAAACUGAACCUGAAACAGAAUCAUUAGACUUUUUGCCAACUACAGGUAUUGACUUUGGUGUGGAUGCUCCAGAAACAUCUGGACUCCCAUCAGUCCUGAAUCAACCAUACUCUCAAAGUUCAUUAAAAUAUUUACCGGUUAAACCUAGGAAGUAUCCCAACCGUCCUAGCAAAACACCACCACAUGAACGACCUUACUCUUGUCCUAUUGAAAACUGUGAUCGUAGGUUUUCUAGAAGUGAUGAACUCACAAGGCACAUCCGCAUACACACUGGACACAAACCUUUCCCAUGUCAAAUUUGUGGACGCUCUUUCAGCCGCAGUGAUCAUUUAACAACACAUAAAAGAACCCAUACGGGGGAGAAACCUUUUUCUUGUGAUGUCUGUGGGCGCAAGUUUGCACGAAGUGAUGAAAAGAAAAGGCACGCCAAGGUUCAUUUGAAGCAACGUAUCAAGAAAGAUGCUAAAUUAUUAGCAAGCACAUCAUCAUCAUCCCUUCUAGCUUCACAAUCAGUAUCAUCUUCUAGCAGUGUAGACCCAUUAGACAGUAUCGUUAGCACUAUUCCAUUGGUUGUGACUUCAACAUCUUUUGUGGACUGCCCCACCACAACAUCACUAUGACUCUUUUAAUAAUUCCAUUCAGAACUAUAUAAUGUGGUGCUAGCAAAGUAUUAAACCCAAUGAAACACUCUUUUACUUAAUGUGAAACUGACGCUCAAAGAAUGAAACAGAUUUUCUUAACUAAGUUCAGAAAUUACAAAAAGCUAGUACAGUUGUAUACAUUUUUACUGGAAAUCCUGUCAAUGUCAAUAUCUCUAUUCUCCUACUCUUCUUAGUAUGUUUUAAUAAUUUAAUCUGUCCCUUUCAAAAGACAGAAACACACUUUGAAAAAAAAAAUUAAAAUAAUUCUUCCUUUAUUUUGUUGACAUGUUACUUAUUUCUGAUGAACCAUAUCUGUGAUGAAUCUAUUCCUCUUACAUUUUUCCCAUUCUUUUUUUUUUUUUUAACUAGUAGAUAAAUGUUUGCUUAAAGCUUUAUUAUCCUUGUGAUUAAAUGUGAUUUUCUUUCUUUAAAACCGGUUUUUAUAUAUAUAUAUAUAUAUAUAUAUAAGUGGAUGCCUCCUAAGUUAAAAAAAAAUCUAGUUUAAAGCAUAAAAUAAGAAACCUUUUUUUGACUUGAACAAAAAGUUAAAUAAACAUCACCAUUUUUUUUUAUGAAAUAAAACUUACAUUUUAUGUAAGGCAGCAUUAUUUAAAUACCAACUGCUACAUUAGCUUAGUAUUUAGAUUGAAUUCCCUAUCCAGUUAUUCAGUUCAUUCUAGUUUUCCCCUUGUGCCAUAUUGACUUGUUUGUUUUCUGUGUUCAUAAUGUGUUCCAGGGCAUACACAGAGAAGGACUACUUAAUGUUUUUGUUCAUUAUGUUUUGUUUUCUCUUCAGUAGAAUGUGAUGAAAUGUUUUCAAAUGUAUUUUAAGUUCCGCUGGUUGGUUCUUUCAUAUUUCACAGAUUUAUACAGACUUGUCUAAAAAUAAAUACUAUUUUGUAUGUUGUUAAAUGUGAUUUUUUUUGUUGUUGUUUUUUUUUUAGCAUUAUUUUUGCUUCAAUUUUUUUUUCAAUGUAGAGCAUUUUAUUGUAUCAUUGUAUGUAAAUCAAAAAAUUCCUACUUACUGUUAGAUAUGUUUUGAUAUGAUUCUCACUUUAAUUGCUUAUUAUUAAAUGCUAUUUAUGUGAAUCUGAUUUUUUCUGUUUAUAUCAGCGUUUCUUCACAUCAUGAUUUGUUCGAAGGUCUUUUUUCAUUUAUUUAAAAAAAUUUAAUGAGAAUUAAAACAUCUUCUUUCUUCAAAUUUUACAUUUCAAAUGUAGAUUAAAAUAAUAAUUUGGUAGUAGGAAGAAAAUCUUUCAAAAGCCUUUGAACACUUCAUUCAGUUUAAAAGUUCAUGUUGACACCGCACGAUUUUUUAAAGUGCUUCGAAAGAAAAAGUAAAUCUUGGCCUAAUUCUGUAUGUACACCGUAUUCUGCUUGCAAUAUUUUUUUUUUCCGAGAUGGAAUGUGUUAAACUGAUCUGUACCGAAUGUGUCCACAUGUAUAACUAGACGGAUAAGUACGCUUGUUUAUGCUACUUUGAUUUGUUGAAUUAGGUAAACACACAAUUCUUUGUUCUUGCUGGUUGAGAAAAGAUUCUAUUUUAUGAACAGUAUGGCAUACUGCCAACUAUUUGAAAAAUAAAAAAAAAUAUGAUGACAUUUUA